UCCCCGCGGCGGUUUGCUGGGAGGGCCCUGUUUAGUAAUGGCUGCUGAGUUCUGCUUUUAAACUUGAGUCGAGUUAGCCACCAGGAGCCCUUCUGAGCAGGUAAAGUGAAUUUUGGGGACGGAAGUUUGAUGACGCAGACCACUGAAUUUCUUUGUGUGGAUUACACGUUAUGAACCCUUUCUGGAGCAUGUCUGCAAGCUCUGGACGCAAGCGAUCUGAUGGUGAAGAGAAGACAAUAACAGGGGACGGGAAAACCAGUCCUCCCCGCACUGCUCCAAAGAAACAGCUGCCUUCUAUUCCCAAAAAUGCUCUGCCUAUAACUAAGCCUACAUCUCCUGCCCCAGCAGCACAGUCAACAAAUGGCACGCAUGCUUCUUACGGACCCUUCUACCUGGAGUACUCUCUUCUUGCAGAAUUUACCUUGCUUGUGAAGCAGAAGUUACCAGGUGUCUACGUGCAGCCCUCUUACCACUCUGCAUUAAUGUGGUUUGGAGUCAUAUUCAUACGGCAUGGACUUUAUCAAGAUGGUGUAUUUAAGUUCACAGUUCACAUCCCUGAUAACUACCCAGAUGGUGACUGUCCACGCUUGGAGUUUGAUAUUCCCGUCUUUCACCCACUAGUUGACCCCUCCUCAGGUGAACUGGAUGUGAAGAGAGCAUUUGCAAAGUGGAGGCGGAACCACAAUCACAUCUGGCAGGUGUUAAUGUACGCAAGGAGAGUGUUCUACAAGAUCGACACAGCAAGCCCCCUCAACCCAGAGGCUGCAGUCCUAUAUGAAAAAGAUGUCCAGCUGUUUAAAAGUAAAGUGGUUGACAGUGUUAAGGUGUGUACGGCCCGACUGUUUGAUCAGCCUAAAAUAAAAGACCCCUAUGCCAUUAGCUUUUCUCCAUGGAAUCCUUCUAUACAUGAUGAAGCCAGAGAGAAGAUGCUGACUCAGAAAAAGAAGCCUGAAGAACAGCACAAUAAAAGUGUUCAUGUUGCUGGCCUGUCAUGGGUAAAGCCUGGCUCAGUACAACCUUUCAGUAAAGAAGAGAAAACAGGAACAACCUAAGAGCUGGGACUGUGGUGACUCUGGUGCACCAGGCACUUUCCUGCGGACUCAGGCCUGACCAGCGGCCAGGACUGCUGCAGAGUAAACUGUGUGAACAAGGACUGAUGUCAGUGGUGUCCGUGUGUGCUUAGGUUCUGACGGCAAAUUCUGGAAACCUCUCUUUAAGUAACGCAUUAUUACUUCUGUCAGAAGUGUCUUUAGGGUGGUUAUCUAGUUCAGUACUCCAAAUUAUUGGGGACCUUGAGGCUUAAGUAUUUUUCUGAAUAUAAUGCUAAAGGUAAGUGGCAUUCAUUUAAAACUAAUACAGUAGACAGAGUUUAGCACUAUCUAAUGGUUCUUAAAUCGGUGGGUUUCAGUUGUACAUAUGUUAGGAUGUGGAGAGGAAAGGGAUAGAGAAAGCAGGUUCCAUAGCUUAUUAGCACUUUUAGCGGAAGACCACGUGCCCCUCAGUCUUUAGCCUACUGUCUGAUUUACGAACCGCUAUCACUGAGGUGCAUGCUAGGAGAGAGACAGCCAGAACACUGGUUCAUAGUUGUUUUUUUAAAACAAAUUACUUACUGUAUUUUUAUGGCAGAAGGGACAAAAAGUGUUAGAACGGUUUCUAAUGAAGUCAGAUAUUUAAGUGAUGAAUGACUAAUGUGUUUUGUAGAGACAAAAUAAACCAAUAAAUGAUG